AUGGCGCCCUCGGGAUCGCCCGCGGCGGAGGCGGGCGGGGCGUACUCCGCGCUCGUCCCGACGCUGCUCAUCAUGGCGUGCGUCGUCGUGAGCUAUCUCAUACAGCGGUAUAACGUUCGGGCGGUGCAACCGAGCGGGGCGGCGCUCAUCAUAGGCGUCCUCGCGGGAACACUCGCCCGAGCGAGCACCGAGCGAGACGCGGACGUGGAGGUGUUUCAAUUCUCUCCGCAGGCGUUCUUCUAUGGAUUGCUUCCGAUUAUCAUUUACUCGGCGGGCUUGAAUCUCAAGCGACGCGAUUUCUUUGCCGAUUUCUUCACGAUCGCGCUCUUCGCCUUCGUGGGGACGGUGAUAUCGAGCUUCGUCUUCGGAUUGUUUACGUUUUUAUUCGUCGAGAUCGGGGUGAUUUCGAGGCAUCAUCUCGGGUCUAAUCCGUUGUUGGAGUGCUUGCUUUACGGCACGCUCAUAUCGUCAACCGAUCCCGUGGCGACGCUGUCGAUUUUUGCCGACGUCUCCGCGCCGCCGCUCUUGUACAACUUAGUCUUUGGCGAGAGCGUGCUAAAUGAUGCGGUGGCAGUGGUGCUCUUCCGCACGUUGGCGGCGUUUUAUGACAAGGAUUUCACGAGCAAGACGUUUGGCACAGUCAUCGGGCAGUUCAUCAUGGUCUCCAUCGGUUCAUUGCUCAUCGGCAUCUUAAUCGCACUCGGCACCGCACUAUUGCUCAAAACUUUAGGCCUAGCCAAGGCGCCUCCGAACGUCGCGGCGUCUUACAACGGGACCGCGUACACGUUCGCGCUUUUACUAAUCUCUGGCUACUUUUCGUACGUCUUGGCGGAAAACGUCGGGAUGAGCGGAAUCAUGAGCAUCUUCUUCACCGGCAUCGGCAACGCGCACUAUUCGUACCACAACGUCGGCUCUGAGGCGCAGAUCGCGGUAUUCAAGUCGUUCGAGGCGGCGGCGUUCUUGUCCGAGACAUUUGUCUUCGCCUACCUGGGCAUGCAAGUGGCGACGUUUAAGCACCUGUGGGACUUCGGGAUUUUACUCACGGGAAUCCCGCUCGCGCUCUUGGCCAGGGCGGUGAACAUUUUCCCGCUAAGCAUGUUAGCAAACACGAUGCGCGAGACGCCCAUUCCGCCCAAUAUUCAGAUCAUGCACGCGGCAUGUGGGUUGCGAGGGGCAGUCGCGUACGCCUUGGCGGUGAACAUGCCGUCAACGAGAGAGGGGGACAGAGGAUCGCGCGCGAUCGAGACCGGUACUUUGAUGAUUUGCCUCGUCACCACGCUCGUCUUCGGGAGCAUGACGCUGCCGCUGAUGAAGCGACUCGAUUUACACGAUCCGAACGAUCGAGAGGGCAUGUUGAGUCAGGCGAUGAGUUCGACGGCGCAGGAUGGCUUGGGAUUCAUCAUCCCUUCGCCGAGAGCCAGAGCGGUUCGCGCGAGAGCGAUCGCCGAGGGACAUCCGGUUUGGUAUAUCGCGCUCGCUUUCCGCAUCAAGGCGAGGCUGUUCGAGUGGUGGGAGGAUUUUGAGACGAACGUGAUGAAACCGACGUUUGGCGGCGCGCCGAGCCACAGCACCGACGCGACGUGGCAACCGGUGAGUACGGGCGAUGGGGCGCGUUCGAGCGGCGAGCAUACGAGGGAGGAAUUCCGGGACGUUGAGUUGACGCCAGUGAACGAAGAAGGGAAAGAGGCGGAUACGUUGCGUCCAGACGGUCCGAAGAGCGACGAGCCUGGUCCGUGA